UGCAGUAAUUGUGAGACAACGAACACUCCAUUAUGGAGAAGAUCUGCAAACGAUGAAUUGCUAUGUAACGCUUGUGGAUUGUAUGCAAAAUUACACAAGGCACCUCGACCACGGUACUUUGAAAACUCUCCACAGGCAGGACAAGAUGAAGGAACGAGGAUUGUUUGCUCGAAUUGUGCAACAACAACUACACCACUUUGGCGUCGUGAUGAGCAGGGCAGUCCCCUUUGCAACGCUUGCGGUCUAUAUCUGAAAUUACAUCAUUCCAAACGACCGCUUUCCAUGAAGACAGAUGUGAUCAAGAAGCGGCAGCGG